CCAGGGCAGGGGCGCUCCCGUAGGAGGUCGGGGCUCACCGGGCGGGGGUCAGGACCACCUCCCCCGCCCGCCAGGGGCUGCCGGUAUCUGUACGUGUUGAUUCUGCGUUUGGCGGGGGCGUGGGGGAAGAAUAAACCCUGCGGGGGAAGCGAGCGGCGACCCCCGGGAGCACCGGGGAGGGUUAAUCGGCGAGGAUCUGUGGGUCUGGGAGGAGAAAGCGGAGGCCGGGCUGGGGAGGGGGAAGGAUAAGAGGAAAAGGGGCAGAGCGGCUCGGAGAGGUCGCACACCGCCAGCCUCCGCAGCCGCGGCAGUGCCUUCCCGCGUGCUCCCGGUGCUGGUGGUGGGUCCUCCCUUCCCGUCACAGUCGUUUCCUCCCGCUUUCCCUGCUACAGAGGGCUCGGGGCUGGAAAGGGAGAGAAAGGGACCCCCAGGGCUAGACAGCAGCUCGCCCGAGGCGGAGGCAGGCGCGGCGCCCCGGGGGAGGCGGCGGCGUCCGGCAGAUUCCCCCGGCAGUGGGAGGGCUCCGGGAGAGGAGAGGCUGGGGGAGCAUCUCCUAGCCGGGGCUGACUCCCGAGGAGCGAGGGAGGGACACAGAGAAAGGGAGAAAGUGCCGCCUCUCAGCUUUACAAGCAUCCCUAAAUUUUAAGGACUGGGGUGGGGAAAAAGAAAACUGAGGACCUGAGCUGGGACCUCCCAGCCGAAGCGAUUGAAAAGGAGCCAAAGCAGGCGUCGGGGUGGAGAGACAUCCCAAGGAGAGUUCCCGUCCUCCGCCACCCGCAGCCGCUGCGUGCCCGCCGCCGCCGCCGCCUCAGGAUGUGGGUGCCGCUGCUGCUGCUGCUGCCGGAGCUGCUCCCCGCCGUGCCGGCACAGAAGCUCUCCGCCCUCACGUUUUUGAGAGUGGACCAAGACAAAGACAGAGAAUGCAGCCUGGACUGUGCAGGUUCUCCUCAGAAAUCACUCUGUGCAUCUGAUGGAAGAACUUUUCUGUCCCGGUGUGAGUUUCAACGAGCAAAAUGCAAAGACCCUCAGCUGGAAAUAGCCUACCGAGGCAACUGCAAAGAUGUUUCCAGAUGUGUGGCUGAGAGGAAGUACACCCAAGAACAAGCACGCAAAGAAUUUCAGCAAGUGUUCAUCCCAGAAUGCAAUGAUGAUGGCACAUAUAGUCAGGUUCAGUGCCAUAGUUACACUGGAUACUGCUGGUGUGUCACUCCCAAUGGCCGUCCCAUCAGUGGAACUGCUGUGGCCCACAAAACUCCCCGCUGCCCAGGUUCAGUGAGUGAGAAGCUGCCACAACGAGAAGGAGCAGGCAAAACAGAUGAUGCCUCAGCUCCCGCGCUGGAGACUCAACCUCAAGGUGAUGAAGAAGAUAUAGCUUCUCGUUAUCCUACCUUAUGGACUGAGCAAGUAAAGAGCAGACAGAACAAAACCAAUAAAAGCUCAGCAUCAUCAUGUGACCAAGAACUUCAGUCAGCCCUGGAGGAAGCAAAGCAGCCCCAGAAGGACAAUGUGUUCAUUCCAGAGUGCGCUCAGGGUGGCCUCUACAAACCAGUGCAGUGCCAUCCUUCCACGGGAUACUGCUGGUGUGUUCUGGUAGAUACAGGACGUCCCAUCCCCGGUACCUCAACCAGGUAUGAACAACCUAAAUGUGAUAAUGGUGCCAGAGCUCACCCAACAAAAACAAAAGAUUUGUACAAAGGGCGCCAGCUUCAAGGUUGUCCUGGGGCCAAGAAGAAUGAGUUCCUAACGAGUGUUUUGGAUGCAUUGUCCACAGAUAUGGUGCACGCAGUCUCUGAUCCAUCAUUGUCUUCCAGCCGUGUUUCUGAGCCUGAUCCAAAUCAUACUCUGGAAGAGAGAGUCGUCCAUUGGUAUUUCAAACAGCUAGAUAAAAAUUCCAGUGGUGAUAUCGGCAAGAAGGAAAUCAAGCCAUUUAAGAGAUUCCUAAGAAAGAAAUCAAAGCCCAAAAAAUGUGUGAAGAAAUUUGUGGAAUACUGUGAUGUGAACAACGAUAAGUCCUUGUCAGUUCAAGAAUUAAUGGGCUGCUUGGGAGUAACAAAAGAAGAAGGUAAAGCAGAAACAAAGAAACGCCAUACGGUCCCUAGAACCAACACUGAGAGCACUUCAUCCAGCAGGCAGCAAGUUUCAAAGAAGCAAGGAUGAACACCUUACUAAUCCAAGGCAGAUCUCUUUGACGUGGGAGAUUUCCUCACCAAAAGGCAAUAAAAACAACUGUAGUAUUUGCACUUUGUACUUAAAAAUGUAAAUUCACUUUGUAGAAAUGAAAUAUUUAAACAGACUUUUUUUUUAAUCUGUGAAAAAGUAAUGGCUAGUUUUGAAAAAUUAUCACAUACAAUGUAUGUGUAUUCUUUUGUUGUCUGAAAUAUGUAAAACAUGUUGGAGAUGUAAAAGUUUGCAUUUAAACCAUUUUUUAAAAAGUAACUUUUUGGCAAACAGUAGCACAGAAACCUGAUUCUAUGUAUUUUUGGUUUCAAUAGUAUGCCUUAUUUUUCUUAAUAUUGUCAUUUAAGUAGAGUUAUGCUGAAAAAUCUACUGUAUUCUCAACUUUGUCCAAGCAGUAUUGAAUGUUUCAUGUUUGCAGGACUGAGAGAAUUGUGUAAAUUGCUGUUUACUUGGUUUUGCAGUUUUUUACUGAACAGCUAUUUCAUUGGUGGCAAUAUUUUAUUUCAUUUUGUUUUUAUUGUAAUUACUAGGCUUUCCAAAGGUCAUACAAUGAGUAUACAACCACUAAUGGAUUCAAAAAACAGUUAUUCUACUUGGGAUGCUUAUAGAACAAUGUAUCCUUUUAUCAAUUCUUGAAGUGCCUUUAUUAAUAAGUUUUGGUAGGAUUUUUCUCCUGUUUGCUUUCACUUGUGUUGUUAACACAGCAAACCAAAAAGGAGUAAGGUAGAGUGUAGUGUCACUCCAGUCUGGUUCAGCCUGGGCCUUAAAAGCAUGUUUCCCUGGUCAGUGCAAAGCAGGAGCAGAGUUUGUAUGGGUCAGAAUUGUAAAUCUUUCUCUUGUGACAGGGAGAGAUAAGCCUUUUUCCUCUACACCUGGCUACCCUUAUCAACCCUUUGGCUUUGCCUGGGGGCCUACUAGAGGAGGGGCUGUUCACACUGCCCCUGCCUGAAGCUUUUGUUUUGCUGACUAAAGAAACUUCUCAAAAGUUUUCAUACUUUCCCCAUCAUUUUUUCCCCUAAUGCUUUUGUUCUUAUGUGUGUCUGAGGGGAAUAAGAACUUCCGGAUGUGAGUCUAAAGAAGGGGACCCAAAUGGAAAAAAGUUCUGCUCUUGAACAACUGUGAGUUACAAGCAGCUGGGUUGAUCGAUGCAGUGGUACAAGGACUGCUGGCAUCUAGGAGCUGACAUGAGAAGGCAGGAAUGUAGCAGCAAGCAGUGAUUUCAUUAUGGUUUGUUUGAAUAAUGUGGAGGAUCUGACAUGUGACUAGCUAUUUAGAAUAGCACCCUGCUUGAGUUUGUACUGGAAAAGCUUUUUGUGAAUCAAAAGGUGUCAUUUCAAUUCCAACAUAUUCUGAAGUAAUAGGAAACACUGUAUGCAAUGGAGUGGUAUCCCAGAAAUUGUGUACUCUAAGCUCUGGCAACAGGAGAAACCAAGGCAAC